GUUGAGCCAGAAGUGAGUUAUUCACACAAUAUCGACCGUUAGAGAAUUUCAAAAAAAUGAACGCUUUUUUUUUUAGAGGAAAUAGAAGUUUUCCACUUCGCUGCGAAAUAAAAUGACAUACAAAUAAAUACCCUUUAUAAAAGUUGUAGGGUUGUUAAUAAGCUUUCAGAAUACCAAGUUAUUUUUUAAUACAAAAUGUCUGUGUCAAAUAGAACUUUAAAUACAUCAACCGUUACGGAAUUUCGUCAUUUUUUCAAAAAGUUGUAGUUUCUUUAAGAGUAAAAAACAGAAAUAAGGAAAAGCAAUUAGAUAUUCGUCCUCAGCAUGAAAUUCUGCAUCAAGUGAACUAUGUUUUCCCAAAAUCUGAGGAAAAAUUUUCAACUUUUUCCGAUACGAGAAAUUUUCAAGAUCAACACAUUCGUUGAUACUUUUGACAACAUAUUAUACACUAUGAAUCGAUCAAUUGUUCAUGGAGAGAAUCACUCAAAACACAAAAGACGCUGCUAUUGAGCAACAAGCAGAUGCCAAAGAGCUAGCAACAUCUGUUUUAAAGACUAUCGAUAAUGAUCUUUCAACUUACAUAUCAGGUUUCUUUUACAUUUCAUUUUGACUCCUCUACAUCAGAGGAUGACCGUUAGCUGACCAUCAUCAAAUAUGAAACCAGGUCCGUACUCAACGAGCUCUACCGAGAACUAUGAGAAAAGCAGUUAUCUCAACUGGUACUAAAGGUUAUAUAGUUAAAAAUAUGAAAUUACAGCAAAUUUAAAAGCAAAAACGGGUAAAAUUUAAUAUCUCAUACAUUCCUUUACAAUCUGGCAAAAAUUUUUCACUUCAGGUAUUUUAUAUGAGUAUAAGGAGACUAAAGAACACAUGUGAGUUCUACAUUAUAGUCCUCAACGAGCUGCACUGACACAAUCUCUAUUUUUAUUUAAAUAAAACUUUUCUAAUUAAAGAAACUGAACAAUUUGGAAUACUUUGCUCAAUUGAUGGUCAUACAUGUAUCUUCAUUAUCAUCAAUUUCAACAUUAUCGAAUAGUACUCAUCACAUCAUGGAAAUAAUAAAACCUAUGUACUUUACCAGUUAGCUAAAUCGAUUUUCGUAAUAUACAAUUUUUAUUUUAGUCUUCACUUAUUCAAACAUCGCUUGGAAAUUCAGACAUCGAUUCAGAUUUACAUUCAAUUAUUCGUCUAAAUUUAUUAGAUUUAGCACUUUAA